AUGCGCUUUCUCUCCACCGCAGUGGCAGCGCUCUGCGCAACUGUUGUUGCGGCUCAGAACAAUGCCAUCAGCAUUCCUGCCGGCCAAAGCACUCUCGACGUCACGGCUGGUCAGCCUCUCACCAUCCAGUGGACCGACCCGUCGAGCGGAACUGUCACGAUCAAGCUGCAACAAGACCCCAUUACCCCUGACGGAGGCAUCACACUUGCUUCUGGCGUGCCUGCGUCCGAUGGUACUGCGACCCUUGACAUCCCCCCGGCCGAUGAAGUGAACUCCCACCUUUAUACCAUUGAAAUCAUCGACGAUACCGAUACCACAAACAUCAACUUCUCCCCCAACUUCGGCAUCCAAGGUGCCACCGGGACUGGCGUUGCAUCUGCUUCGACCGCCUCGAGCACCGGCACUGCUAGCACGGGAUCCGCAACGGGAUCUUCCACUGCUUCUGCCAGCAACUCUACCAGCACCGAUUCCUCGUCGACGUCAACCGAAUCAUCCGCCGCAACCACCUCGGGCUCGAGCUCGAGCUCAAGUUCGGAAUCGGCGGCAGCGAGCACAACCUCAUCCUCGGGAAGCUCAGCCACAUCUUCCUCGGCUUCUCCCAGUGAGACAACCACUGCUCCCGACUCCAACAGCGGCGCCACUGGCCUCAAGGUGCAAAGCGGUUUCCUUGCCAUGGUUGUUGGAGCCAUUGCAGUCUUGUAA